CUGGGAAUAACUGGCAGUUACUACCACCAUCAAACUCCUCGAUGGAUAUACACAUAAAAUUCAAGCAUAUCCGAACCCUAAAUUCACUCACAAAUUCCCAUUUCCAUAUUUCAAACUCAGAUUAUAUUCGACAAUGUUCGUUAAUCAAAGGUUCAUAUCAAUCGACGAUACAAUUCUUUCUUCCCAUUCCUCAUCCUAUUUCGAUUCCAAAACCCUAAAUACCCAAAAUUCCUAACCUAUUAUUCAUCUCGCCGGAGAAAGCAGGGACUCUGGUUGUUCCGUGUUGCUCCGAACCAAUGAAGGGGCUAUUCAAAUCAAAGCCUCGUACCCCUGUGGAGCUCGUUCAUCACCUCCGUAACCUCCUACCCUACACCGCCCCAAAUCCCGAUGUUCGUCAGAGCAAGCGCCGCGAGAAGAUUUCUGAACUAAGAAAAGUGAUUCUUGAAAUGAGGACAGUACUUUAUGGAAGUGAUCGGUCAGAACCAGCAGAAGAGCCAUGUGCAAAGCUGACACAGGAGUUUUUCAGAGAAGAUACAUUGCGCAAGCUACUAGCUUCCCUUCCUAAUUUGGACCCUGGGACUCGUCAAGAUGUUACACAUGUGUUAGCAAAUCUGCAGAGACAACGCCCCAAUGGAAGAUGUAUUGCCUCUGAAUAUUUGGAGCACAAUACAGAUGUUCUGGAUAUGCUGCUACCAGGAACUGAUGACUCAGAGCUCGCUCUAUCAUACGGUGCAAUCUUAAGAGAAUGUAUUCGGCAUCAAGUUUCUGCAAAAUAUAUCUUGGAGUCUGAUCACAUUAAAAAGUUCUUCAAGUUCAUACAAGAUCCAAGUUUUGACAUCGCAUCAGAUGCAGCAUCAACUUUUAGAGAGCUAUUGACCAGGCAUAAGUCAACUGUUGCAGAAUUUCUUUCCAAAAACUAUGAUUGGUUCUUCCAGGAGUACAACUCAUUGCUGCAAUCUCCCAACUACAUUACCAGACGAAAUGCUGUGAAGUUGCUAGGAGCAAUGUUACUGGAUCGUUCAAAUACCUCUGUGAUGGUUAGAUAUGUUUGCUCAUUGGAUAACAUGAGAAUUCUCAUGAAUCUUCUUAGGGAUUCAAACAAGACCAUACAGGUAGAAGCCUUCCAUGUGUUCAAGCUGUUUCCUGCUAACCAGAAAAAGCCACCAGAGAUUGUGAAUGUGCUGAUUGCAAACAGAAGCAAACUCAUCCGUUUUUUCAGUGAUUUUAGUCUCGAAAAAGCCGAUGCCCAAUUUGAAUCAGACAAAGCUGAAGUGGUGAAGGAAAUCGCUACCCUUGAGCUGAAAGGCCUUCCAUGCUCCACUUUAAAGCAAUGUGAAGAAAUCUCAUGUUAAAUUUUUUUUUUUCCUUUUUUUAAUUCAAGUAGAAAAAUGCCUUACAUAUUUAUUUUUACUGUCAUAUGAAGGCAUUGUUUUUAGGUUUUUUCAUUUUGUUUCAUGAGAUAUUAUCAUAUGCUAAAUCCUU